GGAGACAUAAGUCGCUUAGCUGUGCAGUCACGCUCAGAGCUGUCUCUGGUGCUGACUAUGCGGAAGCAAAUGCUGCUGUCAGAGAGCUGAGCUCCAGCUAUCUGUAUAGAUCUGCAUUCUACUAUAACAGAAAUGCUGGAAUAUCAACACAAAUAGACUUGACCUUGGAUUCAAGGGCUUUAGACAUCUAAAAGGCACCAGGAGGAAGAAAUAAUGGCUGUGAAAAGCUAUGAAGACUGGAUGGGCACUCUGCCAGUGUGUCUGAGUACAUUCCCUCUAUCCAACUUAGCCAUACCUGGAUCACACGAUUCCUUCAGCUUUUGGGUUGAUGAGAAAUCUCCAGUUGGACCGGACCAGGCAGCAUCAAUCAAACGCUUAGCAAAAAUCUCACUGGUAAAAAAGCUGAUGAAGAAAUGGUCUGUUACACAGAAUUUAACUUUUCAAGAACAGCUGGAGUCAGGUAUUCGUUAUUUUGAUCUACGAGUGUCUUCUAAGCCAGAAGAGGGAAGAGAGAUCUACUUCAUACAUGGCUUAUAUGGAAUACGAGUAUGGGAUGGACUGACGGAAAUAAACACCUUUCUGAACAAUCAUAGCAAAGAAGUUGUAUUGCUGGACUUCAAUCACUUCUACGCCAUGGAACAUGUGCACCAUUUGCAUCUUGUCAAUAUGCUGCAAGAAGUAUUUGGAAGUAAACUCUGUACAGCUGAAUGCGUUGAAAAUAUAACAUUGCAGUACCUCUGGGAAAAAAAUUAUCAGGUUUUGGUUUUCUACCACUACAAUUUAUGGAACGAGUACCCCUUUUUAUGGGCAGGAAAUAAAAUGCCAGCACCUUGGGCAAACACAACGAACGUUCAUAAGUUGCUUCAGUUUUUAGAAACAACUCUUGGAGAACGGUCUAAGCGAGGGACUUUCCAUGUAUCACAAGCUAUUUUAACCCCACAAGUUAAAACUAUUUUAAGAGGACUGAAAGCAGGAUUAAAAAAUACUCUCGUCCACAGGAAUCUUCCAAUGAUAUUGAACUGGGUGAAGAUGCAGAGACCAGGUGCCGUGGGUGUUAAUAUCAUUACAUCAGAUUUUGUAGAACUGGUUGACUUUGCAGAGACAGUAAUUGGACUAAAUUAUCUACUACUGAGAAACAAAAAAGACAACAGCUAACAAAAAUGAGCUCUUUAAACCUACAG